UAAAGCCUGAAUGACGGGACACUGCUGGCUCGAGGGGGUCUGUGAUCAUGUGGCCACUGAAUGAGCGCAUCUGACAUCCCUAAAGGGACCCUGGAUACAGCGAGACACAGACAGCAUCUGAGAGCGGAAACGCAAUGAAUGCCCAGGUGGGGGUUCUCCCAGCGGGACGGGGCGGUGGGACAGGUGGCGCUCCGGUCGAGGACAUGCAGGCGCUGUCAAUCUCGUCUCUCUCCACCUCGGAGCUGGAACAGCAGUAUGAGCUGAUCGCUCCUUUAGGGAAGGGAACCUACGGCAAAGUCGACUUGGUGGUGCAUCGGACACAGGGUACUAAGCUGGCUCUGAAGUAUGUGAGUAAGAACAAGACGAAGUUGCGCAGUUUUCUGCGUGAGUACAGCCUGACGGCCGCGCUGGGCUGCAGCCCGUUUAUCAUCAAAGUUCUGAACGUGCUGUUUGAGACGGAGGACAGCUAUGUGUUCGGACAGGAGUACGCACCUGCGGGGGAUCUGUUCGACAUCAUCCCACCUCAGGCCGGUUUGCCGGAGGAGAUGGUCAAGCGCUGCGUUCAGCAGUUGGGUUUGGCUCUGGACUUCAUGCACAGCAAGAGUCUCGUCCAUCGGGACGUGAAGCCAGAAAACGUUCUGCUUUUCGACCGCGAGUGUCGACGCGUGAAAUUGGCAGAUUUAGGAAUGACACGGAAGGCAGGCAGCCGGAUCAAGAGGAUCAGCGGCACCAUCCCAUACACCGCAGCCGAGGUGUGCCAGGCCUCGGUAUCGGAGGGAAUCAUCGUGGCGAUGACCCAGGACGUGUGGGCUUUCGGAGUUCUGCUGUUUUGCAUGUUGACGGGAAACUUUCCCUGGGAAGCAGCAUUGCCUAGUGACGCAUUCUUUUCGGAAUUUCAGCGAUGGCAGCGAGGGGCGUUCCCUCCCGGCGUUGUUCCCUCCCAAUGGCGGCGGUUUUCAGACGAUGCAUUGCGCAUGUUCGGUCGGCUGUUAGCGCUGGAGCCGGAGCGGCGCUGUGGGGUUAAAGAGGUCUUCUACUUCCUCAAAUAUGACCUGCUCAAUCAUCACCGCCGCAGAGCUUCCUGUAGGGCGCCUAGAGGCGGUUCCACACAUUGCUCCGCCCACAGACACGCAGAUCCCUCUCCACCUUCAGGAACUUCCUGUCUACGUCCCACCCCCCUCAAACGUAGCAUCCUGUCCGAACCGCAUUCUUCUAGGGAGGAGUCCUCCAAAAGCCAGUCGCCCAACCGUCAAGACAAGAGCAAAGUGAUGAUGACCACUCCUAUUGAGAUUUGCGUAUGAAGCCCAAAACUAGAUAUAGCAACAAAAAUAUUACUUCAGAACUAAAAUGUUUGCACAGGAACAACUACUUUUUUUUAAUUUUGUGAUGAAAGUUUAUAGAAUGGCCAUGAAUGUCGAAAUAGCAAACUAUUACAAGGUGACUUUUAAACCUGGCUAAUCUAAACUAAAAGACGUAGCUUUGGUAGGUCACUUUAGCACUGGAAAUGAA